GAUAUUAUAGUGCCCAGCAGCAGCUUCGCAGCUAUACUCGCGUUAAUAACGCAGCUAGCGGACGUCACUUUAUUCCGUUCGAGGAAGCGUACGUCGAGAAUUUCUGACCCGGUGACAACGCUAUCAAUCGACUCAAAGUGCCGGGGGGUGGUGGGAGCGAGACGGAAGAGCGGCGCGAUUACUCAGUCGGCAGACGCCAGUGUGCGUGCGUGCAGUGCGGAUCCCCAUCGGCAGCUCUUUCUUAUAUCUUUCAUUCUCUACCAGCUUUUCCGAAAAGGCCUACAGUGAGUGACUGAGAAGAAGCUGGUCUUCAGAUUCAUUAACAGUGGACACAUUGAGAAGUGGAGAGAUGCUAGCAACUACUAUCAAAGGAACUUAUGUCUUGAAUACCAUUGAGGCAUUGUAAAGACAAGAUAUUGUGUUAUCUGUGCAACUGCUGAAAGUGCCAUGAAGUGACACUUACACUAUUAUGAUAAGACAGAUCUGUCUGCAAGAGGAUUUCUCCCGUUAUAAAAGAUUCAGAAAUUAUUGGAAGAUUUUUAGGGUGCCUUAGCUUAAAGAUCACCAUCUGCUGCUUGGGAUAAGUGAUGUGAGAUCUUAAUCAAAGAUUAAGUGUUUUACCAAAGGAUAGGGCAAGGACAAGAGCCGAGUUCAGUUUUGAAGACAACUGCCAGAGCUUGAGAGAGAGCCAACAAACUCAAAAACGCAGUUGGUGAUGCGGGGAUGUGGAUCUGCUUCGACCAUAUAAGAGGCCGAGACCGAGGCAGCGGGGUCAGCUGCUGCUCCCUUUUGUUUCUCUCCCUCUUAUGUUGGUGCUGCUCCCGCGAUGCCGGCUUCUUUGUCGUCGCCAUCGCCACCGCGGCCUCCACUGCUGUUGAUACCGGCAGCCAACAGGACAGUCAGCAGAUGCUCCAGUCGCCACCGGAAGUCACGCUGCCGCCACCGGCCCCGAGCACCACCGAGUGCAAGAAUCUGACCGCCGCUACCACUAGCAAAGUCGAUUCACGCCUGUCGGUGAUCGAAUCCGCCGAUCCUAACUUGCCAAUAGUGCCUCCAGCCUUUCUGAACGGAGCUCUCACUUGCCAGCCUUAUCAAGGUAUCUACGUUAACCACAUCUACUUCCAAUUGGCGAACGCCUUCUUCCUGCUGUCGCACCUGGCCCCGAGCGGCCUGCACGGCGUCCUCUAUCUGAGGUGCACCCUGCUCGUCGGCUGUGCCUUCCUUGCGCUCUGGGCCUGGACGAUCGUCUGCUGGCUCGACGCCGCGCUCUGGAACGCCCUCUUUGUCGUGAUCAAUUUCGUACACGUCUGCACGCUCCUCUACCGGCUGAGGCCGGUCAAGUUCUCCAAGGAGAUUGAGGAGGUGUACGUUGCAGUCUUUCAGCCACUACGGGUAUCUCGACACCAGUUCAAGAAAGUGUUAAGCUGUAUGAAAAUUAUCAGGCAGCUCAAAUAUCAAGAAGUUUACGCGCAAGAAAAAGUUACCAAGGUCGAUUCGCUAUCCUUGGUACUUUCAGGAAAAUUGGUGGUAUCCCAAAACGGAAAAGCACUGCACAUAGUCUUUCCACAUCAGUUUUUAGAUUCGCCGGAGUGGUUCGGUGUUUCUACUGAUGAAUUUUUCCAGGUAUCGAUUACCGCCAUGGAAGAGUCGAGAGUUUUACUUUGGCACCGGGAUAAAUUAAAAUUAAGCAUAAUAAGCGAUCAGUUUCUCCAAGCAGUCUUCGAUCACAUUCUCGGCAGAGACGUUGUGAAAAAACUUAUGCAGGUGAGCGAGACCAUGGCGGCGGCGAGCAGUCAGCAGCUUUUGCAGCAGCAACAACAGCAGCAGCAGCAACAGAACGGCCAGGUGAUCGGUUUAAGUCACGACACCGAGCUUGACGCCAAAAUGUUCGUUGUGAAGAAGACCAACGACAGCCAAGGCAUCACCGCCCUCAUAAGCCGUCAGCUGCAAGGUUUACCUAGGAUAAAAUAUUAUUAUUGUGCUUCGGGAGAUCCAAAUGCUUGGCGCUUAGGGAGGAUUGAAGAGACUGAUCACGAGACGCCUGUCUAAGGCUCUAAAGCAAAGGAAAAUCAUCUAGAUACUCAUACAUAUAAAUGCAUUCCAGAGAAAAAGUAUAUCCUUCACGAGUCAAUAACGAAAAAAUAGAAAAAAAAAUUAAAGAAAUCGUGUUGUGCUUGAACUGUUCAUACACAUUGUAUAAGUUAUAGUCAAGGAUGAGAGAAAGAACUUGUAGCGUGAAAACCCAGUGCAAUGUUUUGUGCGUACCAAACAAUCGUUUCAUGAGUACGAGGAAUCGGAAAUAUAUCAUCGUAUAAAUAAUUUAAUGAGACGAUAUUUUGAAGGUUCGUUUUCAAAAUGAUAUUGUUCGUAUCGAUGUUCACUAAAACCUCAUUCAAAAUGUAUUUGUGAAACAUUUAUAUAAAAAUAUUGAAUUUUGAUAAUCAUUAUUGAAAAAGUAUCAACAGUACUUUAAAGUAAUUUAUCAAAAGAAAUACUGUAUGUUUAAUCUAAAAAGCUUUAAUAGUUCUUAAUAUGUAGUUUUAAUUGAUAGUUAUUUGAAACUCGUGAUCUCUCGUUUUCAUACUUACUAAUUUAAAGAAAAUUUUAUUAUUUUUAUACAGGUAUUUAUCGUAUGGAAAUAAUGAAAUAAUAUAUUUCGAUAUAUUUUUAUAAAAAAACAAAAGCUUACACAUUAUCAGUAAUUGGAAAUAUUAAUUUUUCUGCAAUUUAUAUUUUGAUUUGCUCAUAUUCACGCGUAAGAGUUAAUGACUUAGCAUUGUCAAUAUGCAAAAUUUCUGUAUGUAUAAUUGCGACUUAACAUAAUAUGUCUUUGAAUUAUUUGUACGAUGAGUUGCAGUUAGAAAAAAUUUAAUGUAUCAAUGGCCAUUUAAAAGUGACUGAAAGCGAAAGCUAGUAAUUCGCUGGAAAAAAAUAAGAGUUUGCGAGCGAAUGCAGUUGAACAUUCUCUCAAUUGAUCGUAUGUGAUUGUUAUGUGAAUUCAUCGCUGUAAGGUGAAUUUACACGUGUAUUUCACUAUAUUAUAAAACUAUAACUGAGAAGAAAUAUUAAGAGACAUUAACCUCGCAGAUACACUUGCAUAAAUUGAUUAAGCGGAGUUAAGUGUCUUUAAAACUAGUUUGUGAUGGAUAAUUUUUAUUUAUGUUAAAUUUUUGUGAAUUAUAUAUAACUGGGUGCUUAAACUUAUUUGACAUAGAUAGCUCUUUAAGUUAUUUGGAAAACUUAAACAUUCCCAAGGUGAUAUUGUUUUUAUUACUAAAUAAAUAAUACUAUAAUUAUUGUUGUAAGUAAUUAGAAGUUUAAGCAGAGAGUUAUAUGUAUCUUUAACGACCUUUGUAUAAAAAAAGAAAAAAGCAAACACAAAACUUCUACAUGGGAUAGAAUAUUAUUAUAAAGAUACUCAGUAAUGUGUUAAAGUAGCCCAAUAUAAAGUCCAAAGUUAAACUCGGUUUUGGGUUCGAAAAUCGGCAAACAUAUUCGACGUCUGUUAAAUGCUAGUUAUUUUGAAAAUCAUUACAUUAUAUUAUUCGUUAAUAAUACCUACAAGAUUUCCUCCACUGAAAUUCAUCUCAGACUUAGAUGUUGACUGAAUCUCACCUGAAGAGUUACUUUCGACCCUUGUUCAGUGACUGUUGCACAAAAACCAUUUAAAUUUUGAUAUAUUGUUGUAUGUACAUAUAUAUAAUAUAUUUUAUUGUAAAUAUCAAGAGCGUCAUAUGUAGCGAAUAAAAUGCAGAUUUUUCAUUCGUCGAAAAGGUAAUAUAAUCAAUGUCAAUGUGAAGUGUUGACGAAAGGUUUCAGUGGAGUAAGUCUAUUUUGAUUUUAGCAGCAGCGGCUUGGCAUGCCUGGAAACUAGAAGCGCUAAACAAACUUUCAAUAAAUUUAUUAAAAACAGUGCCUUUAUUUAUCAGCUUUCAACCGUUUACGUAGUCGCCGCUCCUCCAAAAAAUGUCAAUAUGAAUUUUUGUGGUGGUAAGAAUUAACUCUAGUCAGAGAAUCUUCAAAUGCUUACAUUUGUACAUAUAUAUAUUUAUUAAAUUGUCUUAUGCUUUCUUUUUGUGACGCAAUUUCGUUUUCUUAUAUGUUUGUUUGUAUAUAUUGCUAUAUAAUUAUAUACAUAUAUGAAAGAUAUUGUAGAUGUUACAAGACAACAUUUUUAUCACCACAAAAGACCAUAUUUGUUCGAUUUUUUCUUCUUAAGGGGGUCUCUAAUCAAGUUUUGACUAAUCUGCCAAUUUUUAUAAUUUUUCAUACAAAUUUCCUAUUAUUCAUUAGGAAGCAUAAGAAAACAAAAUUGAAUACAAUACUUUUGUAUUUCAAAUGAACAAAACUGAUCACUGAUAUGCUGCUUAUUGGCUAUAGAUCUCCCUUAUAUAAAUAAUACAUCUAAAAGCUCUUGUCGACUUAGCUAGUCUUAUGGAUAUACUUUGUAAAACUCUAUGGCCUGCAAAGACAUGGGAUUGUUUAGCUUACGACAGACAUGCCAUAAAACUUUGCACGCGCUUCUUUUAUGUGAAAAAUUUCUCUCUAACAUAAUAAUAAAACUUUUUUGUUUCAA